AUGAAGGAGAUGAAUGACGAGCUGGAGGACAAGAAAUCUGAGUUAGAAGAGCUGGAGCAGAUGAACUCAGUCCUGAUGACAAAAGAACGUCAAAGCAAUGAUGAAAUUCAAGCAGCCCGGAAAAAAAUGAUUGCGGGUUUUACAGCACUGAUAGGCACUCAAACAGAUAUAGGGUCAAAAGGAUGGGAGAGCUCGAUGAGAAGCCCUUCCUGA